AGGUUUUCGUUGUGUACAAGACCUGAUAUGUUUUUCAACAGAUGAAAAGAAUUGUGUGGUAUAUUAAAACAGAUACAGUUCCUUUGUAAAGAAAAAUAGCUGUCAUGGACGUAUCACUUCAUUUAUCGGGAGUUUUUUUCCUGAUUUGUGGGAUAUGGUGGAGCAUCCAAAUCACGAAAAAGUUUUACUAUGCAAAAGAUCAACAAACUGACUUUAAAAGCUCGACAUCCUAUACAUGUUGUUAUUCAUGUCGAACAUUUCCUAUAGAGAGUUUUACCAAGUUUGCCUUCAGUAUUAGUUACAUCAUUUACGAAAUAGUAUUAGCGACAGAUUUUGGUCAUGCCAAAAAUUUACACUAUGGGAAUCUCCUGCACAUGACUGUUUUUGCCUUUUUUUCAUUCAGUUUUAUCAUUGAGAUUAUUCAGCAUUUUAAGGUCAAGUUGAUUGUAAAUGACCUUGAAUAUGUGACCUUGAUAUUUGCAUUUGGUGCUCAGGCCUUACUUUAUGGCUGCCAUUUUACAACAGAAUAUUCGGUAAAAUGUGUUGUACACAAUCUCAUUCAGUAUACAGCCUUAAUAUGUUGUGUUGUCACUGCCUUAGAAAUGAAGUUUCGAACUAACGUAAUUUUUCCAUUGUUUCGUGGAGUCUUCGUCAUGGUACUUGGAACAUGGACUUUACACACAUCGAUCAUUUUGGAAGACAAAGAAUUGUCAAUAGAUACAAAAGACAAUGCAUGGAUGGUCACACUAUAUUUUACGUGGCAUUGUGCAAUAAAUGGAAUACUCAUGUUGUGUAUUUGGUUGAUUACAUACAAACUAUUUACACACAAUAAAUGUUGUUGUUUACCUUUAGAUAACAGCACAGAUGACAAUGUUUGUUUACACAACAGAGUUCGCUUUGAUUAUCCACUUUUAAACAGAUUUGAUUCUGAUGCUGAAUAAUUUUUAUAACAAUCAGAAAGAGUUGUCUACCCUUUUCUUGCUUUUUCUCUAUUACAUCAUCAUAUGUCUAUAGAUUUGUUGUUGCACAUUCUGUACAUGAAAUUCUUCAAUUAAGAUGUUAAAAUAAUUUGAAAGUCUACUCAAAUUAAUGUUACGUUGAUCAAUUGUGAAG